CGGACACACGCUGUUAUAGCAACAGAACAGAAUGUGGUGUAGUGAAGUAAGAUAGGAAAGCAGGGGAGGGGGAGAACUAAUAUGUGAAAUAGAGUGGAGUUGCUCACGAUAAAAGUAAUCAAUGGAUUAAAUAAAAAAAACAAACAAGCAGCUCUGAAGGAAAGUUUCUCAGGACUGUUGGAAAGGGCUGCAAGGAGCAGUGACAGAAGCUCUGCACAGAUAAGCACUGCUGUGUCUUCUCUGCACUCUCACACCAUCCCCAUUGUUUUAGCAUUUUCCAAAAUAUGGCAAAGGUUCAGGUGAACAAUGUGGUGGUGCUGGAUAACCCUUCUCCCUUCUACAAUCCUUUCCAGUUUGAAAUCACCUUUGAGUGCAUAGAGGACCUUUCUGAAGAUUUAGAAUGGAAAAUUAUUUACGUGGGCUCUGCUGAAAGUGAAGAAUAUGACCAGGUUUUAGAUUCCGUAUUGGUGGGACCUGUACCUGCAGGCCGACAUAUGUUUGUAUUUCAGGCCAGUUCCCCCAACCAAGGCCUUAUACCAGACGCAGAUGCCAUUGGUGUAACUGUGGUGCUUAUCACAUGCACAUACAGAGGGCAAGAGUUUAUCAGAGUGGGUUAUUAUGUUAAUAAUGAAUAUACAGAAACAGAACUGCGGGAAAACCCUCCUGUGAAACCAGACUUUUCCAAGCUUCAGAGAAACAUAUUGGCAUCAAAUCCUAGAGUAACCAGGUUUCACAUAAACUGGGAAGAAAAUACAGAGAAGCUUGAUGAACUUGAUGAAAGUAACCCUCAUCUGCAUCCAGUACUUUCCAUAGAGACCAGACCUUCAGCUUCAAAAGGAUGGCCCAUGUCAGAGAACUCUUUAAAUGUCAUGCUAGAAUCUCAUAUGGACUGCAUGUGACUUCCUAUAUUUACAUAUUUCUAAUCUCAAUUUACUAAGCCAAUGGAAAAGUGCACUUUGCUACAAUAUUUUCCAGUAAAUAGGAUACCAGGAAAUAUUUCCUUGGUAAAAACAUAUAUUAAAGAGUGAAAACAAAUGUAAAUUAGAGUGGGAACAUUUUUAAAAUCUAUUUUUAAUUAUUUUUCUUUCUGCUUAAGAAAGUUAUCUAUUAGCUAUUUUCCAAACUAGUUAGAACAUGCAACUGCAAAAUAUUUUGAUAUUUAUUUAUAGGUAUAAUGUUUUCCUGCUCUUUUGCUGAAAUAAAUCUAUGCUUGAUACCAUGGACCAAAAUGUUUCACUUGAUGAUAUCAAGCAAGCAGUUUUUUUCUAUAAUUUGGCCAUUGGAUACCACUGGUUUAUUACUCUUUGAAUGAGCUUGUAGCUCACAUUUAUAGUUUCCCUUCAUAGAUGUGCAGUUGAGCUCCUUUGAAAACUAAUUCCUGAGUCAUUCCUGAAAAGUCCCCUGAGAAGCCACAUAAUCAGUUGAAUGGAGUCCAUCUGUGAGCAGUUCAAAUAUCAUAUGAUCUUAUAAAUACUGCACACCCCUUUAUGGAAGUACCCAGAGUUUAUGAACAUAUACAGUACACCCCUUUAUGGAAGUUACUAGAAUUUCCAAAUCAUGUCUAAACUGAUAGCAUCAUGAAGACCAAGAAGCUAUCAAAACCUUGAACAAAGCAAAAAUGGGUGAACCGUGACAGAGAAGGCUGUCCUCCAAAUCUCAGUGAACAGGUAAGGAGGGCAAUAGCCAGUGAAGCAAGCAAGAGGCCAAUGGUAACUGAUGGAAAUGGAAAGAUCCACAGCUGAGAUAAGAUAACAAGUCUAUUGAUCUAUGACCCAGUUGGUCCACAAUGCUGAGCGCUAUGCAAGAACAGUGCAAAGAAAGCCAAGGUUGAAAAAAACAUAUCAAACUCCAUUUGGAAUUUGCCAAAAGGAAAGUGGAAACCAGUUCUCUGGUCUGGCUAUGAGUGGGUGGAAAUCCAACACUGCUCAUGACCUUGACAACACCACCCCCACUGUGAAGCAUUGUGAUGGUAGCUUCACAUUGUGGGAAUGGUUUUAACCAGCAGGGACUAGUAAACUGUUUAGGAUUGAUGGCAAAAUGUUUGAAGCCAAAUACAGAGUAAGUCUAGAGGGAAACAUUCAAUCUUCAGGAAACUCGAGACUGGAUGGAACUUCACCUUCUAGCAGAAAAAUUACCCUAAACACAUAACCAAAGGCAAGUUAUACUGGAGGGGUUUAUAAUAAGAGCCUGAAUAAGAAUUAAAAUGGCCCAAUCACAGCUCAGACAUCUGAUUAAUUUGGGCAAUUUGAAAAUUGUUGUUCACUAACAGUCCCAUUCAACCUGGCAAAGCUUCAACAAUUUCAACAAGAAUCCACAACAAUUGCAGGAUCCAGCUACAGUAUGCAAAGUUGGUAUGUAGUUACCCCAAAAAACUCACAGCUAUACAAUGUAAUUGCAACCAAAGGUGCUUCUACCAAGUUUUGAAUUUAACUGAAUACUAAUAUCUACUUUUCACCUUCUAUGCUACAAUAAAAAAUGUUUUUUACCCAAAACCAUGUUGUGUAAAUUAAAUGGUAAAAUCCCAAUUACACCUAAUUAAAUGUACAAUAAAACAAAAUGUGGAAAAGUCCAAAGGUCUGAAUACUUAUGAAAAGCACUGCACAAUUUAUUUUCAAUGUGAACAUACUAGUUACUAUAGCCCAGUGCUUUCACUAGAUUCUUUAUGGUAUGUAGUGUAAAUAAUGUAAUUUAGAAACCUUUAAGACUAGGUUUCAGACCGAUUUCAGCCUCUACCGAUGGCAGAAGCUUCCUUCUUCCUUCGGGUCUGUGAACCAUUGUGUCUGCUCCGGCGUGAACACACUUGGCGGAAUUUGCCACAAAAUGCAAAGUCUCGCAUUUUUUCACUGGAGCCAACACAGUGGUUCCUCACGCAAACAGAAGAGGGAGACUGCUGCCAGUAAUAAAAAUCAGGCUGCCCCCAUGUGGCCCUAGCCUAAAGUCUACUAUCACCCUAGACAACACAGACAUUUUUCUGGCUUGGCAAGAAAAACUGUCAGCAGCACAAUUUUCCUGGAGCUGAUGCCAACCAUUAUACCCUGCUGAAGCCUUACCUUUAUAUGUGAAUGCAAAUACAGGGGCUGAAUGUGUAUAUACAGUAUUCUACAAGUGUCGCAAAAUAAUUACAAUGCAAUUUUAUCUUUAAAAAAACCCUUUUGGGAAUCCUAAUAAUAUACACCUUCACUUUAAAUGUAACAUGGGUUCAUAUUUUAUCAUCUCCUUUUGUCAAAUGUCAGAUAACAUUUUUCAAAAGAAAACACAAAUAUUGUUUAGUGCUGUACCAUGUGUCUUUGCAGUGACAGAAACAGCAUCCACCAGUCACUGCAUACAAGGAGUGGAUUCUGGACCAAAAUCACACAAUUUAUACAGUGGCAAAUAUUUGUAUAUUCUCCUAUGUUUUUCAACUAGAAGGGGCUUUCACGUUUACUAGUAAAAUACACUACUUCUUUUGUAACAUGUUCUUGACAGUUGGUAGGCAGCAGGGGUCAAAUCUAGAAAAAUAAAGACCUGCAGUGCCAAUGCUCAUCCAGUUUACACACCAUCUUAUAAUUGUUUUACAUUUUUUGUAAAAUAAUUUUUUUUUUCUUUUUUACAAUUUUGUGUCUAUUUUCCUCUAAAAACAGCUUAUUUUGUGACUUAGUGUGACUUCUGGUAUUGUGACCAUUAAUCCCAUUUUAUUAUUAGCUCUAAAUUGUUGCAUUUUCUGCUUGUUCAACUACUAGGUAUUUAGAAUGUUAGUGAGCACUUGUUUUUUAUUUUAUUGAUUGCAGUGAUUUUUAUAGGCAUUAUGUCUGCAUUGGAAACCAGAAUCCAAGAAAUAAAAUCCAAUGACUGCAGUAUGA